AUGAUUCAAAGCGAUCGUUCUUCAUCGGAGUCUCGAGAAGCAUCCAUAAAGGAGACCAGCGACCCUAGUAUGACUUGUCAGCCAGCAAAAGAGGCUACAGAUAUCGAGAAGGAGCCUGUUCUGAAUAAAUCUCCAGGGAUUGCAGACAUCCCCGACGGAGGCUAUGGUUGGUUCAUUGUGCUAUCUUCCUUUCUCUUUAAUUUUGCGACUUGGGGUGCUAACUCAGGAUUUGCCGUAUAUUUAUCACAUUACUUGAACGAACAGACAUUUCCAGGUGCCGAUAAAUACGAUUACGCUCUCAUAGGAGGUCUCACAUUUGGCGGUGGGCUCUUGUUCUCUCCGUUUAUUAAUUGGCUUCAGGGCAAAAUUGGAGCUCGGCCCACCGCCGGUGCGGGUGUUGUGUUUCAGUUUGCAAGUCUUCUCUUGGCCUCUUUUGUGACGAAAUUGUGGCAAUUGUAUUUAACGCAAGGCUUGCUCCAAGCAUUUGGAUUAGCCUUCAUGACGAUUCCUGCCCUUCUGAUUCUUCCUCAAUGGUUCAAGCAUAAAAGAGCCUUUGCUGUGGCCAUAGCUGCUGCAGGCUCUGGCUGCGGAGGUGUCGUAUUUAACUUGGCUAUGCAAAAAGUGAUGCAAGUACGUUCAGUACACUGGGCUCUCCGAGUUCAAGCAAUACUCUGUGUUGUAUCAAGUACAUGUGCCACACUUUUACUUCGUACUAGAAUGGAGGUCAAGUACACCAUAUGGGAUGCAUCUGUCGUGAAAAGUGGUGCGUUUUUGUUAUGCAUACUAUAUUUGAUUUUUUGUAUGUUCGGAUAUGUCAUUGUUUUGUAUACAAUGGCCAAUGUGACCACUUCCAUGGGCUACUCGCCAUAUCAAGGCUCUAUUGCCUCUGCAAUGAUCCAGGUCGGCUCUGUAUUCGGUAGACCCAUUGUGGGCAAAGCUUCAGACCGAUUCGGCCCUGUUACCGUUGCUUCAGUUGCAUAUUUCCUCUCUGGUGUGUUUGUGUUUGCCAUGUGGAUUCCCGCAAAGAAUUACGCUACUAUCAUUGCGUUCUGUCUCAUUAUGGGCGCUAUAAUGGGUACGAUCUUCGCAACUUUCCCAUCCAUUAAUACAAAGCUCUAUGGCCUACAUAGGGCUUCAGUGGGUCUUUCUUUGUCAUGGCCGUUCAUGGCAGGUGCGGGAAUUGCUUCGCCCGUCAUCGGUCUCACAUUGAAGACAGGAAACAAUGGUUUUGUGGGCUCUGGCCAGUAUACUGAUUGCGCUAUUUUCGCUGGCGCCUCUUUUAUGGCAUGUACAUGCAUGUUAUUGUUGAUAAGAGGAUAUAUUAUCUUCAGAAAUGAGGUCUCUGAUACAGACACUGAUGAAGGCCAUCUUCACAUAAAAGUGCCAAUCUGGGAGCCAUUCAGAUAUGCCCUUGCCAUACGCGACAAAGUAUGA